AUUGGAAAGGAUUUUCUGGAGAUCAAUCCUCUUCAAUAUUAGCAACGGAUCACAAAUGGCUGGUGGUAUCUUUCAUUUUUCUUUGUGAAAUAUUCAUCUUGUUGUUAGUAGAUUAUGAGUCCUAUUGCAGUUCCCGUUGAAGUUGAAAGAGAUAUAGUACCUCAUUAUACUGGUGAAACAGAUGAUGCUAUUGGAGAUGAAAAAACCAACUACUAUGGUUACCAGUUGGAGGCCACAUUGGAUGAGGCGGAAGUUACCAAGGAACUUGACCAUCUCAAGGAAGAAUCGGACAAACUUUCAGGAUUCUCAUUCCGUACUCAUACUUUGUUCAAAGGUGGAGGCCGACAUAUGACAUGGAUUCUUGGUAUUUUUGCUUCCAUAGGAGGUUUCAUUUUUGGAAUGGAUCAAGGUGUUAUUAGUGGUGCAUUGUUGUUUGUACCAAAGGAUCUUAGUCUAACAACUGGAGAGGAAUCUAUGGUCACAGGCUUUAUGCCUCUAGGUGGUGUUCUCGGUGCUACAAUAGGGUAUCCACUCAAUGAAUGGUUGGGAAGAAAGCUAAGUAUCAUCAUUGCCUGCUUGUUUUAUACUGUUGGAGGAAUAUUACAAGCGGAUGCUCAAAAUUUUGGUAUGAUUUUAUCAGGUCGUAUCAUCUUGGGCGUUGGAUUAGGUUUAGAAUGUACUGCUUGCCCUGUAUAUAUCUCAGAAAGCUGUACGAAGAGAUGGAGAGGAGGCUUAGUUUCAUUGUACCAAUUUAUGAUUUGCUUUGGUUUAUUCUGUGCCUAUAUUGUAGCAGCCAUCUUUGUGCAUGCCUCUGGCAAUUGGAGAUAUAUGCUCGGCAGUACUUUAGUAUUUUCAUCCAUUUUGCUUAUUGCCAUGCUUACAUUACCUGAAACACCUCGUUGGUUGAUGAGGAAAGGAAGAGAGGCACAGUCCUAUAAGGUUUGGAGUAUUGUGAGAGGAUUUGAUACGGAAGAAGAGAGAAAUGAGUUUUUUAUUAUGAGGAAAACUGUUGAACGGGAAUUGGAAGAAUCUAAAAAUCGAUGGGUUAUAAUGGACCUUGUUCGAGUACACCGUUGUCGUCAUGCUGCUAUAUUUGGAACUAUUAUUGCAAUUCUUUGUCAAUUUUCUGGAAUCAACUCUAUUAAUUAUUAUAUGGCUACUUUGAUGCAUGAAGUUGGUUUUAGUAGUGUUCAUGCUGUCUAUUCCAGUAUGAUAGGUAGUGGGACUUUGUUACUGUUUACUAUUCCUGCCAUUUAUUUUAUGGACAGAAUGGGAAGAAGAGUUUUAUGGUUAAGUCUUUUACCUGGAGUAUUGGUUGGUUGUUUCAUUAUUGGUUUUAGUUUUAGAGCCAGCAAUCUUCAUAUGGAAGAAGGCAUCUAUAUUUGGGGUAUUAUAACUUAUUAUAUGUUUUGGGGUUCUGGAAUGGGACCUUAUGCAUGGGUAUUGGGUUCAGAAAUAUAUCCAACCUAUAUUCGAAGUGAAGGAAUGGCACUUGUGACUUGGUGGACUUAUAUAGGCAAUUUUAUAACAACUUAUUGCUUUACGAAAAUGAAAACGGCUAUGACUGCCCCAGGAAUUUUCAUUGGUUUUUAUGGAGGAUUUGUUACUAUUGCGUGGUUCUAUGCCAUGUUUAUGAUGCCUGAAACUAAAGAUAAGACUCUGGAGGAAAUAGAUGCUUUGUUUUCUAUGUCUAUGCCCGAUUUAGCUAGGCAUAAUUGGGAAAGCGUUAAACAGACAGUGGAUGAUCUUUUGCAUUUCCGAUUGAAACAAGUUUGGA